CGAAGCGCAGCACGAGAUCUCCGAAGCGUCUAAAGAGAUUAGGCGGCCCAGCAGCAACUGCGUGGGGCCUCAAAGAACAGCACCUUCGAGGCGACCCUGAAGGCGAUGCUCAAGGCGGCGCGGAAGAAGCGCAGCAUCGCGAGGUGAAGAGUACUGGAAACGUUCUUCGAGGGCUAUGCACGGCGGCUCGAGAAGAAGAGCCGCGAGGGGGAUCAGGCGGGUUUCUACAGGCACCUGAAGAUGAUCGACGUCGAAGGUAAGAGGUCCUUCACAUCUCAGAACACCAAGGACGAGGACGGCAAGGUCCUUCGGGACCCCACGUUUAUUCGCCAACGCUGGGCACGGUGGUUCCACAAGCUUCUCAACACCAAGUCGCCGACCAUCGACCUGCAUGCGGCUGACAAGGUCAAGCGGUCGCCCACGUGCGUGCCACUCCACGACAUCCCAUCUCUACUCGAGGUUGAGGAAGCGGUACAGGAAAUGGCCAACAGAAAGGCCGUCGGGCCGGACGACCUACCGGCUGAGCUGAUCAAGCUUUUCCUGGACGGAGAUCAAGGCCUUUUCGCACGCCAUCGUCGCCGGCUGCGAGGAAACCAUCGAGGCCACCGUGCGCAAACGGAGACUGUGUUUCGCGGGCUUUGUUAUGCGCAUGGAGACAACCGCCUACCCACGCGCAUGCUGCUAGGAGCGAUGGCGGCGGGCGUGGGAUACCGGGGCGGGCAGGAGAGCGACUGGGUGUCUCGUCUAGGAGAGGACCUCGUGGCCUUCAACAUGGGAGACGAAAAGGAAGGGGGGAAAUGGGAAGAGAGCGCCAAGGACCCGGAGGUGUGGUACAACAAGGUCGAGGACGAGGCGGCAUGGUUCAUGAGGAAAUGGCACAGACAGGACGCGGAAGCGUCCGCGAAACGCCAGCGCGCGAGGGAAGCAGAAGCAGAGAGUACGGCCAUUUCGGGACCGAAGAGAAAGAGAGUCGGGGAAGCGGCGGUGGGGGGGGAGCGGCGACCGGGCACUGCUGUAGAAGCGAGUAGGGCGGCCGAGGCAGCACUUUUGGCGAACCAUGUACCCGGCUGA